GACCACCACCACCGCCACCACCGCCAUCCUUGUCUCCCCCUCCUUCUACCAAUCUGCCACCAAAUUUCCUCCACCAUAUUUUAUUAUUUCCCAAUACCCUACAUUUUCUACAUUUCUUCUCAUUUCUCUAUAUAUUAAUCCACCCAUUAUGUUGUUGAUUUCAUAGAUAAUCGACAAAAUCAACCAAAACCCUGGUCAAAUAUUUGAUUUUCUUGAUCGAUAGAAGAAAUGGGUAUCUGUUUUUCCAACACCAAGAUCAGUGGCUCCAACAGCACCACCCCAUCCGCUACCGCCGGUCAAGAACAAGAAAACCGUCUCAUCGUCAAGCAUGAGGUGAUGGUGCCUAAUGUCAAUUUACAGCGAAUCAAAGAUCUCAAUAGGUAUCAUCAUCGAAAGCAGCAGGAUACUAACUAUAAUAAUAAAAAUCGAGCAAAAGGUAAGGCUGCCCCAAAGCGUCCCAAGGUGAUUCCUUGUGGGAAACGAACAGAUUUUGGGUAUCUUAAGGAUUUUGAUAGAAGGUAUUCCACUGGAAAAUUAUUGGGGCAUGGCCAAUUUGGGUAUACAUAUGUUGCUAUCGAUAAAUCAACUGGCGAUCGUGUUGCGGUGAAGAAAAUCGAAAAAAAUAAGAUGCUCCUUCCAAUUGCCGUUGAGGAUGUUAAGCGAGAAGUUAAAAUUUUGCGAGCGUUAAGUGGUCACGAGAAUGUGGUUCAGUUCCAUAAUGCAUUUGAAGACAAUUCCUUUGUAUACAUUGUUAUGGAGUUAUGCGAGGGCGGUGAGUUGCUCGACAGGAUUUUAUCAAAGAAAGACGGUCGUUACACAGAGAAAGAUGCAGCAGUUGUUGUAAGGCAGAUGCUUAGAGUUGCAGCACAAUGCCAUUUACAUGGUUUGGUACAUCGCGACAUGAAACCCGAGAAUUUUCUAUUCAAAUCCCCGAAUGUGGAUUCUCACUUGAAGGCAACGGAUUUCGGAUUGUCGGACUUUAUACGACCGGGUAAGAAGUUUACGGAUAUCGUUGGUAGUGCUUACUAUGUUGCUCCUGAAGUACUGAAGCGUAGAUCCGGGCCGGAAUCGGAUGUUUGGAGCAUAGGUGUGAUCUCCUACAUUCUACUAUGUGGGCGUCGACCCUUUUGGGAUAGAACCGAGGAUGGUAUUUUCAAAGAGGUAUUAAGAAACAAGCCCGAUUUCCGUCGCAAACCAUGGCCGACUAUAAGCAACAGUGCCAAAGAUCUAGUAAGGAAAUUACUCAUGAAAAAUCCCCGUGCAAGACUCACCGCUGCACAGGCGCUAUCACACCCGUGGGUUCGAGAAGAUGGAAAUGCUUCCGAGAUUCCGCUCGACAUUUCCGUUCUAUCCAACAUGCGCCAAUUCGUGAAAUACAAUCGUUUAAAACAGUUUGCUCUACGGGCGUUGGCUAGCACACUCGGUGAAGAAGAAAUAUCCGAUCUCAAAGAUCAAUUUCAUGCCAUUGAUGUAGACAAAAAUGGCGCUAUUAGUCUCGAGGAAAUGAGACAGGCUCUUGCUAAGGACAUUCCAUGGAAGAUGAAAGAAUCGCGUGUUUUGGAGAUUUUGGAAGCGAUCGACAGCAACACAGACGGUAUUGUGGAUUUCAUGGAAUUUGUGGCUGCUACGCUUCACGUUCAUCAGUUAGAGGAACACAAUAACGAAAAGUGGCAACGAUUAUCGAAAGCCGCUUUUGAACAAUUCGACUUUGAUAGAGAUGGAUAUAUAACUGCAGAAGAACUCAAAAUGCAUACGGGUCUAAGAGGGUCGAUAAAUCCGCUUUUGGAGGAAGCUGAUGUCGAUAAGGACGGCAAGAUUAGCCUCUCGGAGUUCCGUAGGCUGUUAAGAACUGCAAGCAUGAGUUGAAGAAUUGUUAAAAGGGUCCACAAAAAUGUAGGUUCUAAACGAAAAUCAGAUGUACAACACCUUUUUGCAGCCCGUUGCAUAUCUUUUAUGCAACGGUCUGUCUUUCAGCUAUAUACCGUUUUCAUGGGCCUCAAGCGGAAUUUAUAGCAGGAGGAAGUACAUGAGCGACAUACAAAGAUCCGAGGAGCAUGCGUUUGUAUGAAAAAAAUGGCGGUGGUGUAGAUUCUUUUCCGAGUGCUUAUAUGGUUUUUUUCCAUCGUUUGAUGAGAACGACGAUGUGUAUAUAUCUCUAUAUCUAUAUUUAACGUAAUGCGGAGCACUCGA